CUUUAUUCAUUCCUCCUAUCUCCAAACCAAACCAAAGAUUUCAAAGAAGUAAAAAAAAAAAAUGGCUAGUAUUCCUAGUACCAUAGUUAACACUAGUUUCUUGCCAAGAAGAAGUGUUGUUACUAGCCUUAAAUCCAUACCAAAUGUUGGUGAAUCUCUCUUUGGUCUUAAAAGUGGUAGAAGUGGAAGGAUUACUUGCAUGGCUACAUACAAAGUGAAGCUUAUUACACCAGAAGGACCUUUUGAAUUUGAUUGUCCUGAUGAUGUCAGCAUUCUUGAUCGGGCGGAGGAAACGGGGCUAGAUCUUCCUUAUUCAUGUAGGGCUGGUGCUUGCUCAUCUUGUGCUGGAAAGGUUACUGCUGGAAGUGUUGAUCAGUCUGAUAACAGUUUUCUUGAUGAUGACCAAAUAGAUGAAGGAUUUGUGCUCACUUGUGUUGCUUAUCCAAAGUCUAAUGUUACCAUUCAGACUCACAAGGAGGAGGACCUUGUUGGCUAACUAGUAUUUUACUUCUUUUCUUAUCAAUAAUUAAAUUAGGUGCUAUGUACCUCUUUUAUAUAAGUCAAUGAUGACUUGUACCAUAAUGAUUUAUGGAAGAAUUAAUAAUUUUCUAUUUUUAUUUAA